UUGACAAUAACACAGAUUAAUAUUUUUUGAAACUAAUAAUGAUUUUUAAUUUAUUUAUUACACUUAUUGCACUGAGUUUGUGUGAUGGUAAAAGAUACGACGGAUUCAUGCUGUUGCGGGGUUUGCCUGCUAGCGAAGAACAUUUAGAAUUUUUCAAAAACGUAACGAAGAACUACGAUGUGAAUGUGUGGCAGCCUCCAGGUUUGGUCAACAAGCCUGUCGAUUUCGUCAUAAAUCCUGACCAUGCCGAAAUUGUGAAGUCCGAAGCUAGGAAUAAGAACAUUUCCUUGGAAAUACUACAUAGUGACAUACAGAGCGCGUUCGACAAUCAAACUGUUAACACGUACAGUAGGCGCAACACUAAAUCAUUUAACUGGAAAAGCUAUUAUCGCGCAAAUGACAUAGUCAAUUGGAUGAUGGAUCUAAAAACACAGUACCCACAAGAAAUUAGCUUGUUCAGCAUCGGGAAAUCGCUCGAGGGCAGGGAUAUUAUGUGCAUGAAGAUCAUCUUUAAAGAAUCUAAAAGAAGGUCCAAAAUUGUAAUUGAAGGCGGCAUACAUGCGCGAGAGUGGAUAGGGACAGCCAUGGUCACGUAUAUCAUCAAUGAACUGAUCCAAGCCCGUAACGGUUUGAGGGAUAAAAAACUGCAAGACAUCGCUUUUCACUACGAGUGGUUCAUCAUUCCUAUAUUUAAUAUAGAUGGCUACGAAUAUUCGCACACAACGGAUCGGAUGUGGAGGAAAAAUCGCCGUGGCGGUCAUGGGGUCGAUCUCAACCGAAAUUUUGAUGCGGCAUUUGGAUCCGUUGGAGUUGAAUUAAAGGAUAAAGAAUCAGAAGAGUAUUGCGGCCCUAAACCAUUCUCUGAACCAGAAACCCAACAUAUAAGAAAAUUUAUGCAAUCCACCAGCAAGCAUCUGCCGAUUAGUCAUUAUAUAUCAUUCCAUGCAUAUGGGCAGCUUUUCAUCAUACCGUACGCGUAUACUAAGAAACACCUUGAAAAUUUUAGUGAAAUGAAAAAAAUAGGAGACAGUGCAGCAGCACAUAUAAAGAAGAGAUACGGGACGGAAUACACUGUAGGGACAGCAUUUGAUACCGUUGGAUAUAUGGCAGCUGGUGUAAGUGCAUGUUGGGCCAAGAAGACAUUUAAAAUUCCGUACGUGAACGUAUUCGAGCUUCGCGACACUGGCAAACACGGCUUUGCCUUGCCCGCCAAGCAGAUCAAGCCCACAUGCCUGGAAACCAUGGAUGGACUGAUGGAGGUCCUCAAACCACGGCAGGGGACCAAACUAUCAGGACAAGAUGACGACUACGAAGACCGUCCCGGCGGCCAGGCUACGACUACUUUGAAUGGAUUGGUCUUUUCGAUGAAUGUUUUUCUUAUCUGGCUUUUCGGUUUUUCAAUUGCAUCCGUUUGCGACGGAUUAACGUACAGGAACUAUGCCCUGCUCCAUGGUAUGCCUCGGAAUGCCCGCGAGUUGAAAUUCUUUAAAGACAUGGUGAAGCUCUAUAAUGUCACCUAUUGGAGGAGACCUGGCAAAGUCCUUGGGCCUGUUGAAUUUACCAUUAGUCCCUAUAAUUAUGGUGAACUUAUGAUAGAUACAUACAGGACGAAGAUUCGCUUUAGGACUAUUGUGGAAGACGUGCAAAGCGGACAUUUGGACUCAUUCAAAUGGGAUAACUAUCAUAGUCUUAAUGACAUUUAUACCUGGAUGAAAGAUCUUAGCGGUGCGCACCCUGAGGAGGUUCAGUUAUUGCAUAUUGGAAAGAGUUUUGAAAAAAGGGAUAUAUUCGCUGUGAAACUAAAGUUGAAUAAAGUUAAAAUUAGCAAGAAAAGAGACAGACCGAAGGUCAUAAUAGAAGGAGGUAGCCAUGGAAGGGAGUGGAUAUCUCCAGCGGUAGUGACCUAUAUGAUACACGCAUUACUAAAUGCCAACAAUUCCAACAGCGAAGAGUUGAAGCUGGUAGCUCCCAUGUACGAUUGGUUUUUCGUUCCUGUAAUGAACCCAGAUGGAUAUGUGUAUUCACAAACACAAGAAGCCAAAACGGAUAAAAGAGAUGACGAGUACUGCGGUACCGAACCUUUUUCUGAACCGGAAUCUGCAGCCAUGGCCACGCUCGCGAGGGACAAUAGUUUCAGCCUGGACUACUACCUGUCUUUUCAUGCUUAUGGACAGUACAUCAUUCUACCUUACUCCUUUUCUCAGAUGUACGAAGAUAAUUACAAUAGUAUGACAAAAUGUAACGCUAAAUCUUACAGAGACUAUUUAUUGGUCCAUGGGAUUCCAAAAUCCGAGGCUGAAUUGGAUUUUUUCAAAGAGCUGGAUACGUUUUACAAUGUCACAUUCUGGAGGAAGCCUAGCUUGGUUGAUAAACCAGUUGAGUUCAGUUUAAGUCGUUUAAAUUUUGCAGAACUUUUAAGAGAUACUAGAGAUAUGGACAUCGAAUUCGUAACUAUUAUCCGUGACCUGCAAAGUGCCUUCGAUAAUCAAACUAUUAAGCCGUAUAUAAGGCGACGAAUGGAAUCUUUUGACUGGCAGAACUUUUAUAGCGUAGAAGAUAUUUAUAAUUGGCUCAGAGAUCUCAGUGAUGCACAUCCACGUGAAGUACGAAUACAAAGCAUUGGACAAAGUGUUCAAAACAGGCAUAUACUUGCUGUCAAGAUUGAGUUAGGGGCAUCUAAACAAACUAGCAGAUCCGUGGUUAUGGUUGAAGGAGGUUGCCAUGCCAGGGAAUGGAUAUCACCCGCAUUCGUAACCUUCAUGAUAAAUACGAUUGUAAACUCUAAAAACUCUACUAACGAAGAGUUGAAGGAGAUAGCUAAUUCGUAUAAAUGGAUUUUCAUCCCUUUAUUAAAUCCAGAUGGAUAUGCAUAUUCACAAACGAAUACAGAGUUUGGCGCAACAAAAGAAAAAAAACAUGAUGAAGAGUUUUGUGGUGAAGUACCUUUCUCCGAACCAGAAACAUCGGCACUGGCAGCAUUUAUAAGGGACCAUAGUGAUUUGCUGGAAUAUUAUUUAUCUUUCCAUUCAUACGGCCAGUAUAUUAUUAUCCCUUAUGCAUUUGAAAAAGAACAUAUGGAUAACUUUGACACAGUGAAAAUGUAUGCUGAUAAGAUGGCAAAACGAUCAUCGCAAAAAUAUAAUAUUUAUUACCGCAUAGGAACUGCUCAUGAUACAGUGGGUUACCUUGCCUCAGGAACAAGUUCUGACUGGGUGAAAAAAUCCAUAAAUGUCUCUUACACACUAACUAUUGAGCUUCCCGAUCAAGGUAACUACGGAUUCACGUUACCCAAAGAGCAUAUCUUGCCUACGUGUGAGGCGACAAUGGAUGCCUUACUUCCUUUCCUGGCCCCGAAAUUGGACUCCAUGCUCCGAAUCCAAUUGCAUAAUGGAGCUAAACGACAGAAGAAUUUUAAGACCGUGUUUUUUAUAGGACACAACUGUAUUAUUUUGAUAGGACAUAGGAUAUUUGAAAUGUAA